AGUGUGUGAUAAACCAUUUUGCGUUGUUGUGUAACAAGGGUUGAAAAGUUGUAAUAUUUAUAUUUAAAAAUCUUUGUGCGAUAUAGUGUUUGAAUUGUCAAACAUGAUGGACGUAAGCAGCAUGUAUGGCAACCAUCAUCCCCAUCAUCAUCAUCAUCAUCACCAUCAUCACCAUUCUAAUCACGCUAAUACUUAUACUCAUAGCGGUCAUACUAUCAAUUCAGCGUCCGAUAUGACUGCUCCAAAUGAUUAUUCAAGUACUUACUUCCCUCACGCCUCGCCGAUGUCGCAUGGUGGCGUACAUCAUCAACAAAAUCAUCAUGUAGGAAUCGGUUAUCCGCUAUAUGAAACAUCUUCGUCGCCUCCCAAUUAUUACCAACAACAACCUCAACUUACACCUCCUCCCGUGCAAUCAGCGAAUGCUUCCGGACAAACAUUGUACACGCAUUCUCAUCUCUUUAGUCCCAGUGCAGCAGAGUACGGCAUAACUACAUCGAAUACCCUGCCCAUCGCCCACGGUUCCACUCCAAGCAAUCAUGCCAAUGCCAGCCAAUCUGCUGUUGACAUUGCUUACUAUGAAAGCGAUUCAGUGCAUGCCUACUAUGCUACAGCAUCGAUUUCCGCAGUAGCACCAGCGGCUGGCAAUUCGCCAGUCGCCCCUAAUGCUACGCAAACCCACAAUCCGUCACUCGAUCCUCCCAUCAUAAGUUCCGAAAAUGGCUUAAGUUACACAAAUCUUGACUGUCUAUACAAUCAAAAUUCUCCCCAUUCUCAAGCCCAACAGCAUUCGAAUCCCAGUCAUUCUUCGUACCUUCCAGCAGUUGAAGAAAAAUACGCCUCUGUCCUACAUUCAACUUAUAACAUUGAUGAUUCACUAAUGCAUUUAAAUACCAGCUCACACCCGCAACAGCAUUCUUCGCAAGUUUGGCGUCAUCAACCAAAUACCAAUUCAACUUAUGCGACUUUGGAUGCUAUCGAUUCCUAUAAUGUACAAAAUUUAUCCCAACCGCCUUCACAUCUGGUCACAUCAUCAGCUAUUUUACAACAUUCUUCUACAUCUCGAUCGUGUAUUGAACAAAAUGCCUGCAGUCAACAAGAGUUAUCACCUAACACAAGAACUACUCCAACGGCGUCGUCUUCAUCGGCAACAACAACUACAGGAUCUACUUUAAAUAAUGCUAAUCAAACAAAAUCACCGAAACAAGGCAACAAUUUGCCGACUUAUAAAUGGAUGCAAUUAAAAAGAAAUGUACCGAAACCCCAACCACCAAAGUUACCUGCCACUAUGCAUGAUUAUCAACUAAACAGCCAGACUACUUUGGAUGGUAUGUGCCGUAAUGUAUCUAUAUCUGGUAGUAUAGUAACAAGUCAUCAAUUAGGUGUUCAAAAUGCAACGGGCAUAUUAUUAAGCGGUAAUCAUAGUCCAAAUAAUUUGGGUAUGAGUUGUGCCUUGACAGCUGCCGCAAAUAAUUCGGGCCGUACAAAUUUUACCAAUAAACAAUUAACAGAAUUGGAAAAGGAAUUUCAUUUUAAUCGUUAUCUAACGCGAGCAAGACGUAUUGAGAUAGCAAAUACCUUGCAAUUAAAUGAAACUCAGGUGAAAAUCUGGUUUCAAAAUCGUCGCAUGAAACAAAAGAAACGAGUAAAAGAGGGACUAAUACCAGCCGAUGUCUUAAGUCAACAUACGGUUUCUACGACAACCACACCACCCGCUACUAACUGCAAUUCAACAUCUUCAGUACAAAAUUGUCCAGCAAAGUCAUCGUGCAAUACAAAUAGUAAAUGUCUUAGCAAUAAUAAUAGCAGUGACGGUAUGCAUAGCACUUCUACUAAACCAAAUGCAAAUAUAACAGAUUGCCAACUACAAACAACUGUACUCGGCGACAGCAGCAGAGAGUCGAAUUGAGAAAAUAGCGAAUAAACAUAAAAAUAGAAAAAUAUAUGUUUGCUUUAAGACGACUAUCUAGAAGAUACACCACUAGAAACAAUGGUUUUAGAUGUGAAUUUAUCAACGGGUUGGCAGGGACCAUUUUCAAUAUAAUCCGCACUACACGCUAUAAUUCGAAUAGGAACAUUUUUCUUUUUUGAAUUUUCAUGGCCGUACGGUAGAAAAAAAGUAGGGAGAUGAAUAGCUACAUAAAA